CGCGAGAUUUCUCUGCCCUUCUUAGUCGGGCGGUGAGCUCCCAGCGUUCUUUUUAAGCCUCGUAAGCCUUCCCAUUCAGGCUCCUCUCUGCGGUGGAAGGGCGCGCAUGAUAUUAAAGAUAAACAUUUAAACCCAAGAGUAAUGGAUGAAACUCAGAAUUCGAAAAGUGGUUUGAAGAAGGAAACCUCUUUGGCUUCAUCCGGUUCAUUGGUAAAUGAUGAAACUGAUGACUCGGAUUCUAGCAGCAGUUUAUUCAAAACUCAGUGUGAUCCCCCCCCACCCAAUCGAAAACCAAGAAACAUAUCUACCUUGAAUAUGAUACGGUCACCUGCAAACACUCAGUUGCAAGAUAACUCAAGCGACUCCUCUUCAGAACUAGAACCAUUUAAUUUGCAAGUUGUUUUUGGAAAUUGGAAGAAAAAGAAGAGAAGGAGAAAAUACAAGCCAACUGGAAGGCCAAGAGGAAGGCCAAAAGGAAGCUUUAAAAAACAGCCGUCUUUAGGCACUGUACUUAAAAAAAAGGACCUGUUCAAAGAUAAAGGUUUACAGUUCCCUUUGGUAGAAUCAGAGAAUGGAAAGAAACCAUUACUUUGGAAGAAAAUUUUAGGCUAUGAGCAAGCAGUUGCAAGAGGGUUUUUCAACUAUAUUAAGGAACAGAAAUAUGAAUCCCACCUCAGAGAAGCUUUGAAACAUCUGGAUGUUGGUGAAGAUUUAGAAAAAGAAGACUUUGGUGUACGGAAAUACAGAUAUUUAGAUGAUGAUGGAUCUAUUUCUCCUAUAGAAGAACCCAAUGUGGAAGACCAGUUGGAUGAUCCAGAUGAAUGUGAUGUUAAAUUGGUGGAGAACAGUUGUUUCAUAAUAAGUACUGAAUUCCCCGAGAAGGUGAAGACAAAGAUUAAAGAGUAGCAGUGACACUCAAGAAAAUAAUUGUAAGAAAGAUGAAACGGAUUUUGCCCAGUGGAAAAAAAAUCCGUGGACAAAGGGGGAAAAAUGGAAUUUGCAUUUGAGGAACGUAGUGAUUAAAACUGAGAGAAUUUUUCAGAUGACGCCAGUUUGCUGGUUUCUUUGGAUGUUGUUUCUAGCUUGUCUGCCAAAGGGAAUUCAGGAUAUGCCUUGUGGUCAACAAGAAGUUGGUUUGGACCAGGGUUGUGAAUAUGGAAAGAUUGUUGCUGCCCUUAGUCCUGGGUUUAAGACAUCCCAAUACAGCCUAUUAAAAACUCAGGAAAUGUGGCCUUUCAGGGACCUGGAAACCUGUUUGAAUGGGAGAUCUACAGUAGGAAGACCAAAGAUGGACAUAUAUCAGGCCAGUUUUCAACAUUCUAAGUGUUCUCCUAACAAUAUUGUUACCAAUCACAAAGGAAUGAAAGGAAGGAAAAAACCUAGCCUUAAGGGUGUGUGAAUAUAUCAGAUCAGCCUGACAAGUUCACUGAAGCAAGCUAUGCUGUAAUUUAAACAGUAAUGUUUCAAGAUGGAUAGAGAAUGGAGAAAGACAAGACAGCUCAAGGCAAAAAAGGAAGAGUCAGAAAGAAAACUAUCCAUCUAAAAUGCCAUCUACGUUCCAGAUUCUCUGGAGAAGCAGUUUUUUAAAUGUUUUGGUUUCUUUUUUGUAAUGAAAUUGGUAUUUCAAUAAAAUAUUAUUUAAUACCC